UGCAAAAGCAAAAGUCGGACUUCGUAGUAGUGUAACUCGUAUGAUCCGUUCCGCUCUACUCUCGAGAGCGUGGAACCAAACGUGGUAUCGGCGUCCGCGCGUUACUCGAAAACCGUCAGUUUCCGCGUGGACUCCGUUACGCGGAAUGAGUUCCUGGAGGAUUUGUACAUUGCGCCUGGCGCGAUUACUACUGAUACUUUGCUGUUUAUUAGAAUUAUCGAUGAAAGCUCGCAGUGCAAAAGAAUCUAACGUAACACAAUCCAGCUUGAUGAACGAGGAUACCGAGAAAGAUGAAGAUGAUGGGGAAAGUGAUAUUACGUUUGCUGAAUUUAAAGAAAGAUAUAGAAGACUUAUACCUUAUAUGGCAUUUUACGCUGCUAAUAAUAAUUUAAACGUCGUAUCGUCUACAAUAAAUGGAAAGAAUUUUGUCAAGGUACCGUCGAACGACGAAGUUACGUUAUUGAGAAGAUCGCAACAAUAUCGACCAACGUUCUCUCGAAUAAACGUCGAAGGUACGAGAAAUGUUUUGAACAAUUAUAGAAUUAAUAACGUUCAAAAUCAAUUGAGAAAAUUUAUUCCUUCUGUUCAAUACGAUCCAAAUGAUAACAACGGUGAUACGGAUUAUUUCAUACCGAUAAGAUACAAUUCCAAAGCAAAUAACGUUGAUUAUUAUUCAACUACCCCGUAUAAUUUGUACAAUCAAGAAGAAAAACAAUUGCACGAAGAAAUAACAAAUCCUAAUGUGGAUAAUAUACAAAAGGAUAAUCGUCAAUAUGGUAGACCUAUUCGACCCUAUAUUUCAACAGGGAAUAUAAGGGAAUAUGUUAAUAGGAAUCAAGGAUUGAAACCUAUACAAACGAAUUUCCCUCAAGAUUACGUCUAUGAUCACAUAAGUGGUACAACGUCAAAAGGAAAGACCAUAGUUGAUAUUAAUUAUCCAAGUGAAGACAUAGAAUCCCUUCGUUAUAUUCCCCAGCCGAUAAGUUCUAAAGGUACGCAACAAACGAUUAACAUUCUUGAUACUAUUCCUCCUCCUUCUCCUCCUCCACCUCCUCCUCCUUCUUCUCCUCUUCUACCUCCACUUCUUCCUCCUCCUCCUCCUCCUCCUCCUCUUCCUCCUUCCACUCCUACUUCUAAUCCUAUUCCUAAUGGAAGACAACCAGUCAAUGUUAUUCCGCAAAGGAAUUUAAAUUUUAUUAAUAUAAAUCCAAUAAUAGAGAGUUUUCAGUUAACCGAACGUCUACCCGAGACACUGGAUAAAAAUAAUUUGGAUAAUAGUAUAAAAACUCUCAUUGAGAUAUUAAAUAUUCUUCAUAACGCGAAAAAAGAAGAAUUCCCACAAUUACCUCAAUCAUCAUUGUUAUCCGAUUUACCAUCCGUAAUUGAUAGGCCGAUUCAAAGAAGACCUUAUUCUAAUUAUUAUCCAAAAUUACGUCCAAAUACAAGACCAAAAGUUAUUACGGAAUCUAGAUUUCCAACUGUGCCAACGUCUUUGUUAAUAACGGAUGAUCCGGAUCGUUUAAAAUCGACAUCUUCUUACGUUAAUGAAGUCAAAGCUAAAGUUAUUGUUAAACCUGUUGUUUAUACGAUUGACGAUUUUAAAUCGACUCCUUCUUAUAAAGACAAUGAAUUUAGAUUGGUUACACCUAAAUUACCUGUACAAUCGAGUUAUAUGCUUACGGACGAAAACGAUGGUAAGAAAGUUGUAUAUUUUGAUAACCCUUAUGUGCCUCAAGAUAUUACUCAGCAAAACAAUAAAAACAAUAACAACAAGGACAAUAACAAUAAGAACAAAAAUCCAUUGGAAAUAUCGACUCAACAUUCUUAUGAAAUCACGGAGGAUCUUAGUGACGAUAUUAUAGAUCCGGAUCGUUUUAAAAUACCACAAAUAAUUACUGAGACAACGACGAAGACGUUGUUGUCUAUACCUGAAAAAAAUGUCGUCGAACAAAAUGAAAUUUCUACGAUGCGUCCUUCAACGGCAAAUCAUCAUCAUCCGUCAUUAAAAUACGGUGUAACACGUGGCAAACCAAAUGUCGAUUAUCCCGCAUACGCUGUUAUACCGGAUACAGAAUUUAGUUGUAAGAAGCAACGAUACAAAGGAUUUUUCGGUGAUCCAUCGACCGGUUGUCAGGUAUGGCAUUAUUGCGAUCUUAAUGGAGGCAAAUCAUCAUUCUUAUGUCCAAAUGGUACUAUCUUUAGUCAAGUUGCAUUAACAUGCGAUUGGUGGUUCAAUGUCAAAUGCGAAUCUACGACACAAUUGUACGUUUUAAACGAACGCCUAUACAAAUAUAUACUUCCGAUAAUGCCAAAAUUCCCGGAAGAUUUUACCGGUCCGGAGGUCGAUCGAUAUUUAGAGAUCAAAUUCAAGGAAAUGGAAGCUAAGCUAAAGGAGAAAAAAUUAAAGAAACAACAGGAACGAAAGGACAAAGCCAAGGGCAAGAUACAAACGAUCGACGAUAACAAUAACAAAACUCGUGAAUAAUAAUUUUUAAUUACAAAUAGAAAAUUAAAUAACAAUUAUUAUGAUCCCAUUUAACGUAUAUCAUACGUAUCUCGUUGCCAUUGCAAUUUGUUUGCAAAAAGGAGGAACAAAAAAAAAAAAAAAAAAAGGUAAAAGAAAAAUCGUGAUUCUCGAAAUUAUAUUUCGUGUAGUAAAAUAAGAUUAUUUAUAGUAAUAAAUAACAUCUGUACUUAGGCGAAAACAAUCAUAACUUUAAAAUAUAA